UGCUGGCCGAGCGAAUGCUCCGGAGAUAGCGAGACAGGGAAAGCUUUCUGUCAAAGCGCGCUGUCAGCUGGCACGGUCGGUCAGCUAUCGUGCCUGAAUCACAACACAACAAACAACAUACAUGUUGCGGUGUUUUUGAGCUGUAAAUCGCUCACGGGCUCACGGGCGGUUCUCAGCAAAAAAAAACACAGGGGGGCGUAUAGCGUACAGCUCUGCUGGAUGUGCUGCGUUGGCAGAACGUCCGCGACCGGUGGGUAAGCUAGCUAGGGCCGUGCAUCGCAUCGGCUUGCGCAACCAACACUCCCUGUUGGACACGGGCUGCACAAGGGCGCCGGUGAUCGGGACGGGUGGGUGUACGCGGGAAUGAAAGUGACCAACUCGUCGACGGAGCGCCGCACCGCGUCCGAGUACCAGAGCGGCAGCAUCUUUCGCGGCUGCUCGGUCGAGAGUGGGGCGGUCGUGCCGAUGGCACCGUCCAAGCUCAACUACCGCGUCUCGGUGCUGACGUUCUUCGCCAAGGCGCACCCGAACGAUGAGUGCUGCGGGACGAACGGGCUGCCGCUGACGCCCAACUCGAUCGGCAUCUUUGGCCGGGCGCAGCUGCUCAAGUCGGACGCCCUGCGGCACGAGCACCUCUGCACCUAUCUGGACGCGAUACGGGGCAAGCACGAGCGCACGAUCAUUGUGCAGGAGUACGUCGGCUGCCCGCUGGCGGAAACGUUCAUCGGCGAGAACAACAAGCAGGAGACGCUGCUGCGCAUCGGCUACCAGGUGCUGGCCGCGCUGGCCCACCUGAACCGGUGCGGGCUGGUCUGUCGCAAUCUCGACCCGACCAGCGUGCUGGUGAGCCGGGACUUUGGCGUGAAGCUGUACAAUUACGGCCUGUACCACAUGACGGGCGGCGGCCGGUACGUGUCCUUUCCGAUCGGCAACGUGCGGUACCAGGCGCCGGAGGUGCUGCUCGGCAGCCGCGCGAACGCCAAGAGCGACGUGUGGAGCCUGGGCAUCGUGCUGGCCGAGCUGGCCCUCGGUUGCACGCUCUGGGAGUCGCUCAAGCUGUCCCAGAUUGUGCGCAAGGUGCUCAGCCUCGUUAACACGCAGCACGCCGUGUUCGAGAAGCUGGCCCGCGAGCACAACCGGCUGGAGGUGUACGAAGCGAUGGACGCGGGGCUGCGCCGCAUCAUAGAGGAGUGCCUCACGAUUUCGCCCCGCAGGCGCCCGCUCGCCAAGGAGGCGCUCGAGGAUCCGGUGUUUGAUUUUGUGCGGCUCAGCAGCAGCAGCAGCAGCAGCCCGGCAUCGGCUAGCGAUGCGAUCGGCGGCGGGCAAACGCUGGUCGAGAAGCAUCUGUCGCUGAGCCAGAUCUACUACCUGUGGCAGCUGGCCGGUGGGGACGUGCAGCAGGAGCUCAAAAAGGAGGGCCUCAUCAAGAGCGAAGCGCCGAUUCUAUCGCUGCCAAACUUGGUAAUGCUGAACGGGAGGUCGAUCUCGCCGCCGAAAAGCCAAAGCGUCCUGCACGACCACCGCAUCAUCUUUCUCAACUUCGGCACGCUGCUCGAGCGGCUGUCCGGCAUCCCGGAGGAGGACUAUCUGCCGCUGAUCUACAGCACGGACGCGUACCUCGAGUCGGCCAACUUCAAGACGGUGCUGCCGCUGGUGAUCCGCGAGCGCGACAUGCUGUACCAGUUUCACCGGCUGGUGCUGCUCAACACGCUGCUGCACGGCUACCCGUACACGCACGAUCUGUUGCGCUCGUUCGCGGCGAAGGACAUACCGCCGCUGUGUCGGGGGCAGGUGUGGGCCUGCCUGCUCGGUGUGGUACCGAACGGGGCGUACGAGCGGCUGGACAAGUGCAGCCCGACGCACACCGACCGGCAGAUCGAGGUGGACAUACCGCGCUGCCACCAGUACAACGAGCUGCUGUCCGCACCGGAAGGGCACGCGAAGCUGAAGCGCCUGCUGAAGGCGUGGGUGGCCGCCCACCCGCAGUACGUGUACUGGCAGGGGCUCGAUUCGCUGACCGCCCCGUUCCUGUACCUUAACUUCAACGACGAGGAGCGGGCCUUCCUCAGCCUGUACCGGUUCAUACCGAAGUAUCUGCACCUGUUCUUCCUGAAGGACAACUCGGCCAUCAUCAAGGAGUAUCUGGUGAAGUUCUUUCAGCUGAUCUUCUUCCACGAGCCGGCGCUCGCGAACCACCUGCACGGCAUCAGCUUCAUACCGGAGCUGUACGCGAUCCCGUGGUUUCUCACCAUGUUUAGCCACGUGUUUCCGCUGCACAAAAUAUUCCACCUGUGGGACAAGCUGAUACUGGGCGACAACUCCUACCCGCUGUUCAUCGGCAUCGCGAUACUGCGCCAGCUGAAGGGCACGCUGCUCAAGUCGGGCUUUAACGAGUGCAUCCUGCUGUUCAGCGAUCUGCCCGACAUCGUGAUCGAGUCGUGCGUCAACGACUCCGAAACGAUGUACCAGUUUACGCCGAAAAGCAUCACCUACCGCAAGUUUGCCCUGCACGAGGAAGGCCCGGAAGAGUUUGUACGGGAAGCGGCCUGCUGUUGCAGCCAGAUUUCAGUGGAGCUAAACCCUUCCCUUUUUUUUCUACCCCUUGCACAGGACCUAAACUACACCGAGGAGGAUCUGCGCGAGGUGCAGGCCGAGCUGCACCCGCGCAUCAGCGUGUACGAUCUGAUACGGUUGCUGCGCGAUCGGCCGGCCAGCACCGCGAUACUGGACAUACGCAGCAGCCCCGACUACCGGAAGGUGGCGAUCGAGAACAGCAUCAACGUGCCGUUCGCGUCCGUCUCGCUGAAGGAGCCGCGGCUGGAGGCGCUGAACGUGCCGCGGCUGGAGGCGUACCUGCGCCGCCACCCGCUCAUCACCGUGAUCGUGAGCGUGUCGCACGAGAGCGCGAUGCUGUUCGCCAAGUUCCUGGUGGACAGUGGCGUCCCGUACGUGGCGGUGCUGCACCGCGGCUUCGAGGCGAUCUACCGCCCGGACGACAAGCUGAUACUGCAAACGUUCGACUACAUCAAUACGCUCGCGAAGCAUCUCACGCCGAUCGGGUCGUUUGCGGCGAGCGAGUAGUUGCGAGGAGACUCUUCGCGAGCUGCAAGUGUAUAGGAAAGAUUAUUGUUUAUUUUGUGUUGGGAAGUAGGGGUUGGGGACCUACUUUCUGUUUUUUUUUGUCUUUGUUUAUCCUCAUAUUAGGCUUUUGUUUUAGAAAAGUUUUGUGCAAAUUGUUCCAAAACCGCGUUUCGUUACGCCAUCGGUUUAUGUGUUUAAUGAUUUAAUUUCAUAUUUCGUAAGAAACGUACUCAUACCCCGUUCUGCUACAUAUAUAUAGGCAGCACACACACACACACACUCUAUUUGUUAGCUUUUCGAGUGUCGUAUUAGACCAUUGCUGAUCGAUACAUCGCAACUCAGAAAGCAACCGUCAAACAGCAAUCGCAGAGAUUAAUGACACGUGCAAUAGUGACUGCAACUAAAUACUCUCAGCCAGCAAUAAGCGCCAUUAUUUUCGGAGGGGGAUUGAGUUCUUUCGCCCACCGGGAAGCGCCUGCUUGAAUCACUCAAAACCCGACCGUUAAACCAAAACCACACACCUUGUGUGUAACCAUUCUUGUAGCUAUUUUACAUAUUGCAUAAUAAAAGAAGGUAUAACAAAAAAAGAAA